CGCUGCCGCGCCGCCACCGCCGCCGCCGCGGACGACGCACAUACACAGUGCCGCCGGACGCGCAGACCGUCGGGCGAUACGAGCGAUACACCGCGGCCGGUUAUUAUUGGGUUUACACGCGAACUCGCCAACACACACACGCACGACUACGCGCGAACGUAUUGCACACGCUCCGCGUCGAUCAUCACUGCUCACCCGUCACGUGGUCGGAAAAACGACGGAGAUCCACACCUAUUGUACACCCACAAUAAUAUUAUACUAUUAUAUUACCUGUAUUUCCGCGAUAAUAAACAUUAAUAUAAGGUAAUAAUAUAAUAUUGUAAUCUCCGAACAAUAAUAGUUUGUUUAAUAAUAUAUAAUAUCGGCAUUGCGAUGUUGCCGCUCGUCCAGAAAUCUACGAUGAUGGGUUACGGAUAACACAUAUAGUAACAUAUAGUUAUAUUGUUAUACGGACACGACGAGUUUUGAAAAAAAAAACUGCUUAUAAAGAACGACGUCUAAAAAUCGCACGUGUUCCCGUCCGGAUCGCGGCCUAUUACACAGGUUCCUACCUGCCAUUGCACGCUCUACGCUCACACCGUUAACCGUAUAGAAAAACGCGUCGUCGCGUGCGACUGCAUUGCCGCAAAUGGUAUGAUGACCAUGAUGUAUGGAUCGGAGAAAAUGAUGGCCGGCAAACCGCCGUUGCCCAUCACAGCCACCGGACCGUGUUUUCCCGGCCGUUAUUCGCCGACGUACCGGAAUUCUGCGGACCCGAUGCGCAGAUGUAUGGCCAACCCGUCGAGCCGGAUUCUAGAGGAUGCGUCCUCAUUCAUGUGCAACACCUGGUCUCCACGACACAAUGGUGACUUAUUUGGUGGUCUCAAUGACGGUCUACUCAGUAGAGCUGAAGUGCUUGCCGCUGUGGAUAUGGGAAAACACCACCAUCAUCACAAUCAUCAAUCACCGGGACCUGGCAAUGGCAACGGUGGAGGCCAAGGCAAUGGAUCAUUGGGACCUGGAUCCACUGGAUCACCUGGACCGCUCUCUCAGCUCAAGCACGACGUUAUGUCGUCAUACCACCACCAUCAUGGAAUGUCCGGUGGACACUCAGGUAGCCAAUCCAACCACCGAGGUCACCAGAUGCACCCCGGUAUGGAGGGCCUCGACCUCCUAGAACCCAUAUCGUCGUCAACCAUGACCACUCUGACGCCGAUGUCGGACGGGUCUGGCCACGGUCCGCUCCAUCCUGGCGUCUACGGCGCGGGCAUGAUGACCGGCCACCAUCACCACCACUCACACUCGGGCGCCGGCCCGAACGGCCACCCGCAUCACCACCAUCACCACCAUCAUCAUCAUGCGGCGGCGGCGGCUGCUGCGGCGGCCGCGGCGGCUGGCAUGAUCGGCGCCGGCGGUGGUGCGGGGCUCCAGCACCCCGACACCGACACGGAUCCCCGCGAGCUAGAGGCGUUCGCCGAGCGGUUCAAGCAGCGGCGGAUCAAGCUGGGCGUGACGCAGGCCGACGUCGGCAAGGCGCUGGCCAACCUCAAGCUGCCGGGCGUCGGCGCCCUGUCCCAGAGCACCAUAUGCCGGUUCGAGUCGCUGACGCUGUCGCACAACAACAUGAUAGCGCUCAAGCCCAUCCUGCAGGCGUGGCUGGAGGAGGCGGAGGCGCAGGCCAAGAACAAGCGCCGCGAUCCGGACGCGCCGAGCGUGCUUCCGGCCGGCGAGAAGAAGCGGAAGCGCACGUCGAUCGCGGCGCCCGAGAAACGGUCGCUGGAAGCGUACUUCGCCGUGCAGCCGCGGCCGUCGGGCGAGAAGAUCGCGGCCAUAGCGGAAAAGCUCGACCUGAAAAAGAAUGUGGUCAGAGUGUGGUUCUGCAACCAGAGGCAAAAGCAAAAGCGCAUGAAGUUUGCGGCCCAACACUGAUGACGGGAUCCCGCGCUGCCGCUGCCAUCCGUCACCACACUUGAAUCCCUUCCUAAGACACGUGCUCAUUUUAGUCGCAUUAACCGGAAAUAAUCAUUUCUAUAUAAAAAGAAAAUUUAUUAUCGUCUAUAUAAAACAAUAGUUGUGUAUAUAAUUAAGAUAAAUAUUUAUGAUUUCGACGACCAAUUUGUCAGACAUCACGGGGUGACAUAUCGAUUUGGGCGAAUCACCCAAGAUUCAUCCGAGUAGAUCAUACACAUUAUUUAGCGAAUUUAUCUUUAUCUCUGUUGUACAUACCUGUUCAAAGUCAAGUAGGUAUUACUUUUUGAGAUGAACAAUAUUUUGAUUUGUAAAUUGAGAAAAUAUAUGAUGAUAAUGACGUGUUCAGCUUAUCUUAGAUUGUUACGUUAAUUCUAAAAAUGGGAAAGAAAGCGUACUAGACAUACUAGGUUCCAUAUAAAUUUUGCCCAAACGAUAUGGAAAUUUUUAGGUCAUUUUCCCUAAAUAAAAACCGCCCCAAACACAUGCAUCUCUCUGUCUCUUUCUGUCUUUCUGUAAAAGCUUCAGACGGUUUUGGUUCAACUUUUUCUCUCUCUCUCUCUCUCUCUCUCUUUAUGUUGUGCGUUUUGUUUUAUAAAACGCCCAUGGUAGUUCCAUAUUAAUCAUAUAUAAUUAUUAUGUUAGGAAAUCUAAUGUACAAAUUUGUAUCUGCUUCUCGUGUACGAUAUAAGUGCCACUUAUUAUAAUAUAUGUUCCUAAAAACACAAUAAUCCAUACAAGUGUGAUCAUGCGAUUUAUAGUUGAUGUAUGUUGGUAUUUAUGAUAAAUUUAAAACCAAAGUCUCUGUUUCGGAUGCAUACACGCACGUAUUUUUUAAUCAGCGUUAUUUUCUAAAAAUUUAAUAUUUAACGCAUAUAUAAAUAGGUACCUCUCCAGUCGAAUAUCUUGUUCCGUGGCAAAUAAUUGUAUAGUUUAAAUCAGAUCAGUAACAAACAUUUACAUUUAAAGCCAAUAAAUAUAUGUAACUGCUUACUCGUAUGGGCAGAUACAUAAACAUAUUAUAAGUAGUAAGUACUACUACAUAAUAAAUUUACAACACAUUUUAAUUACAUUGAUAUUUUAGAUCUAAAAUAUUACACGAUACGAUGUUUAUUGAAACACAUUCCAUUAUAGUUAUUAAAAAUAGUGUAAUUUUUAAAAGAAUAAAAUACAAGUUAAUAUUGUUGAAAUAAAUUACCAAUGGUUUAGAUACUGCUAUAGUAUAUUAUAAUAUACAUUAAUUAAAUUGAAUUAUCACCAAGCAUUUCUUAAACUAAUAGAAUAAUAAAUGCAUUUAAAUUAUGUAAAUGUACAACUUUCAAAUUUUAAAUUUUAUCUAAAAUAGAAAUAAUGUUUUAAAGUACAUAUCUUAGUAUAUUUUCAAUUGAGCUAACGGAUUAAUGAUAAAACACAGUAUGUGUGAAAUGCAUUUAAAGUAUUUAAAAUUAUGUUCACUUUACAAUUUUUAAUUUUCGUCACAGUACGUAAAAUAUGAUUACACAUAUCGUUGUAAAUGUUCUAUGUGAAUUCCUCGUUUUGUGGCUUUAUGUUUUGGAUUAUGACAACUUUUUAAAAUAAUUUUGUUGAAAAACAUCCAUCACGUACCUAUGUAAUAAUAUAUAUAAGCUUUUAAAUAUUUUGAUUUUCGAUCAUUUUUUAAAAAUACAUUUAUAUCAUUUAAAUACAGGAUUUUUAAAAAAUAUAUAUUUUUGACGCUAUAGUAAAGAUUCUCAUCAAUAUUUUGUUACUCUACUUUCUUUAACUGAAAUAAUUUUGGUUAAAAAAAAAAUAAGAAAUGUCAACGAACGGAAAAAAAAUAAUAAUGCCUUAACGUAUGUUAAUUAAAAAUAAUAGGUAUUCUUUAUUUUUAAAAAAAAUAACAAUAAUAUUAUUAUAACCCAACAACAUAAAAUAAAUGUCUAAAAGUAUGUAUCAGACUUAUAAUUACCUAUAUAUUAUUUAUACAUAUUAUUAAAACGUAAAUUAUUUAAUUUAAAAGGUGUAAAGUUAUAUUUACAUUGAGAUAUUUAGCCACAACGCAAAAUUGAAUUUUACAACGAAAAUAUUAUAUCAUUAUAUUAUUUUAUCUAGGUAGAAAUUAUAUAAUUUGUUUAUUUUUUUAUUUCCAACAGUUAAUUGCACUAAAAGCUAUUUGUAUGAAAUACUUAACAUCUGUAACAAUAUUAUUAAAUGUGCUGUUAAGAUAGUUAUUUUAUUUCCCGUAUUUUAAGUGUUGUACCUAUUUAAUUAUUUUUAAAGUACAAUUAUCGACAAAUCAUAGAUACAAAAUACUUUAUCCGUAUAAAAUUCAUAAAUACAUUUUGCGAAUAAUUGUAAUAGUGAUUAUUCAUUUUUGAGAUAAUUUAAUCAAAAAUAAGAAAAUAUUGCCAGUGUGUACUUGUCUACUCAAUGGAUUACAAUCAUCAACAUUACGCGGAUAGACAUCGUGUAUAUACAUAUUCAUUUGAUUUUAAUUACACAUUCGUUAUUAAAAAAUUGUAUGUAUAAACGACGUUUAAAUAAUAAAUUAUUGUCUCACUGCGCUAACGUGCGAAUAUCAUUUUGUUGUAAAUACCUAUUAUUGAGACAUUAAAACUGUACAUACAUUCGACCGAUAUAGAUAGGUAUCUAUAUUAGGUAUAUAUGUAAAUAAAUUAUUGAAAUUCGUAAUUUUCAUCGAAACUGUGUUCUUCUCUGUAGUGUAAUAUGAGAAUGGAAAUGUGCAAUAUAAUUUUUAAUAACUAUUCAUCUAUAUAUGAUGGCGGUUUUUUUUUUUUAAUUUUAACUGUAUUAUUUAGUAUUUUUUUUUCAUUUAUGUACAAAUAUAAACAAAAAAAUAUAUUUAAAAUAAAUCUGUAACUUUCAGAAAAUAUUAUUUUACUUGUUACAUUCGCUGCAUUAAAAGAUUGAUGUCCAAUUAAAAUUAAAUUUAUUAAUAGACUUUCCGUUUUCGUAACUGUCUUUCUCACCCCGUCCCUAUGGAAAAACUGUUGAAAUCAUUUGUCAAAACAAGCACUAACAUGACUCGGCAGUUUCUUUCUCCGAGAACCCUAACACUUUAUCAGAAAAUGUUAUUAACUAGUGAAAUUUUGACAUUUACAAUAUUAUUGUGUUACAUAUAACGUAAUAAAACAACAUAUUUUUGUUAUUAUAUCAAUGUUGUAAUCAACAACUCCCUUGUAUAGAUACUAACGUAUUUUAAUCCAAAAUUGUUAAUCCGGACUCGGAGAUGUAUUUUUUUUUCUUUAUUUAGACUAUUGUAAUGUUAGGCAAUAUGUACAGUUGUAGUUUUGUAAAAAUAGAUAUUGUAAAAUAGACUAAGAUGAAUUGUAUCCUUUUAGUUGUAGAUGAAAAAAAUAAAAUACAAAAUAAAAUAAAACAUUUCAUGUUUA